GGUUUGGAUACUUCUCCAGUAAUGAAGAGCCCUCCCAAGCUGGAGGGUGACGCUACUGAUGGCUCCUUUGCCAAUAAGCAUGGCCGCCAUGUCAUUGGCCACAUGGAUGACUACAGUGCCCUGAGACAGCAGAUUGCGGAGGGCAAGCUGCUGGUCAAAAAGAUAAUGUCUCUUGUGAGGUCAGCGUGCAGCUUCCCUGGCCUUGAAGCCCAAGGCACAGAGGUGCUGGGCAGCAAAGGCAUUCGUGAGCUUCGGAGCAGCACCAGUGCCCUGCACCAUGCCCUAGAGGAGUCGGCUUCCCUCCUCACCGUGUUCUGGAGAGUGGCCCUGCCAAGCACCCACAUCCCUGUGCUGCCUGGCAAAGUGGGAGAAUCAACAGAAAGGGAACUUCUGGAACUGAGAACCAAAGUAUCCAAACAGGAGCGGCUCCUUCAGAGCACAGCUGAGCGUCUGAAGACCGUGAACCAGCAGAAGGAGAGCAUGGAGCAGUUCAUCGUCAGCCAGCGUAGGUUCCCUGAGAGGGAAUGGGGGAAGAAACGGGCAGUCUUCCCGAUGCCCCACUUGUGCUGCAGAGGAGCAGUGACCGGGGGUUUGGAGAUGUUGGGAGUGGAGACUGAUUUGAUGUCCCCAAACCUUCUGUGCCACGAGCAAUUGUGGAUGAAGAGGGAGGGGAGGACAGGGUGGAUAGAAGGAGACUCCAAGCUGAAUGGCCAGAAAGAAAUAAAUGGUUUAGAAUUCUCAGCUAAGCAAGUAGGGUUAAUUUCUGCUGGUGAUUUCUACUCUGUGGUGCUCUUUUGUUGUUUCAAUAACCAGAACACGUGAUGUUUUAAAGAAGGCAAAGACUAACUUAGAGGUAAGGAAACUACUGCACCAAUCAGAGGCACCAAGCCUGUCCCCAACCCACCACCAUCCAUUAGCAGAUCUUGUAGGUGACCUUGGCCUGCUUUGGCCUUCCAG